AUGAAACUUUUGGUAUCAAUUCUAGCUCUUUUCCUAGCUGUUUCCACAGCUGUUACAGUUGGAGUAAGUGAUGACAUCACUGUCAGUGGACUAUCCUCGGGUGCCUUUAUGGCUGUGCAAGUACAUGUUGCUCAUUCAGCCACAAUUAAGGGUGCCGGAGUAUUUGCUGGAGGCCCAUAUUAUUGUGCUCAAGGCCAAAUCGCAACAGCUCUCACUACUUGUAUGUCAGUAGGCUCUGGAAUCAAUCUCGCAGGGAUAAAGUCAGAGAUUAAGAGUAAAGCGAGUAAAGGAAAGAUAGACGACCCUUCCAACCUUGAUGGGUCCAAGGUAUUUGUAUUCAGUGGAACUAAAGACAGCACAGUAAACCCUAAAGUCAACAAAGCAACAGUAGACUUUUAUAAUGACUACAAUGCUGAUGUAUCUUCCAAUUUUGACUUGGCUGCUGGCCACACAAUGCCAACUGUAAGCAACGGAAUCACUUGCACUUCCACUCAGAGUCCCUACAUUGGCAAAUGUAGUUACGACGGAGCUUUUGAAGCGCUGAAGCAUCUUCACCCAGACAAAGUCACCAACGAGCCAGGAUCUUAUAACUCAAACAAUCUUUUCAAGAUUACUCAAAGUGGAGCCAGCGGUGCCGUCAUGGGAAGCAAAGCUUACUUGUAUGUUCCAGAGCAAUGCCAGUCUGCAGACGCUGAUUGCUCAUUGCAUGUUGUGUUCCAUGGAUGCCAACAGACUACCUCAGACAUUGGAGAAAAGUACGUGACUCUGACUGGCUACAACGAAGUUGCUGAGACCAAUGACUUAGUAAUUUUGUAUCCUCAGGCUUCAAAACAAAUAUUGAAGAAUCCGAACGGAUGUUGGGACUGGUGGGGCUACACUGACGGAUCAUCAUUUUUGCCAUCAUCGAGUAAAUAUCACACACAAGAAGGCAAGCAAGUCAAGGUCGUCAAGAAGACCAUCGACGAUAUCAGAAGUGGAAAAGUGACCUUGUUCAGAGAUGAAGACGAAUUCUUAAAAGAAUAAU